UGAGGAGGGCCGCCAUGGCCGCCGGCCUCCCCUGCGCCCUGGUCACCAGCUGCGCCGCCGCCUUCGCCGGGGACCGGCUGGUCCAACACAUCCUUGGGACAGAAGAUCUCGAUGCAGAUGUGCUUACCAACGAAGGCGUCAGAUUUUACCCCUGGACUCUAGAUAAUAAAUACUACUCUGCAGACAUCAACCUGUGUGUGGUGCCAAACCAAUUUCUCGUCACCUCAGAGAUUGCGGAGUCUGUCCAAGCCUUUAUCGUCUAUUUUGACAGCUCACUAAAAUCGGGUCUCGACGGUGUCUCGCCAUGGCUUCCCCUGGCCGAGGAGUGGUUACCAGAAGUGAUGAUUUUGGUCUGUGACCGAGUGUCUGAAGAUGGUGUAAGCCGACAGAAAGCUCAAGAAUGGUGCAUCAAGCAUGGCUUUGAAUUGGUAGAACUCAACCCGGAGGAAUUACCUGAUGAGGAUGAUGACUUCCCGGAGUCUACGGGAGUAAAGCGAAUCGUUCAAGCCUUAAAUGCCAACGUCUGGUCCAAUGUGGUGAUGAAGAGUGACAGGACCCAAGGCUUUGGCCUCCUAAGCUCACUGACAGGAGCAAACCGGGGGCCCGGACCAGCAGAGGAUCAACUUACGGAAAGCCAUUCACCAGCAGCCGACAGGUCCGAAUCUCUCCUGGAUGGUCAAAGUGAUGGUGCCGGCCCAGCUGACUCCCAGAUCCAUAGCAUCGUGGAUCCAAUGCUCGAUAUGGAUAUCCAAGAGCUGGCCAACCUUACCACCGGAGGAGGAGAUUUGGAAAACUUUGAACGGCUGUUUUCAAAGUUGAAAGAAAUGAAAGACAAGGCAGCAACCCUGCCUCAUGAGCAAAGAAAGCUGCACGCGGAAAAGGUGGCCAAGGCUUUCUGGAUGGCGAUUGGGGGAGACAGAGACGAGAUUGAAGGCCUCUCCUCUGAUGAGGAAAACUAAGCCACCAGAGUGGGCCUGGGCUGGACAAGCGGGUGACGACACUUCAACGGUGCCCGGCGGGCAUCUCCCCAAGGGAACGAGCCACGCCCGACCGAGUUUCCCUUUGCAGAGUCGGCCUUCUAGAUCAUUUAAAGCGUUGACCUCCGUGGUCAUUUUUCACUAAUGGUUUCUUCAGGAAGAAGAAGCAGUCUACAGGAAGCCUCUCCCUUCAGGGGAGUGAAAUGCUUCUUUUUUUUUCUUUUUUGGUCAACAAGUAAAAGAGUGAGCAUUUUCCA